AUGGCCUCGGUCUUCCAGGACAACGGCGAGAUCUGCUUCCGCAUCGCAGUCAUGUGCUGCUGCGCCAGGUCCAUUUGCGACGGCUCGCGCAUCAAGCCGGCCUCCAAGCGGCAGUACUACGUCUCGUACGUUGAGCGCACGCAGCAGGAGAUCGUGCAGCUGACGGAAGCGCUCUCGCUCCAGUAUCUAGGACACCGCCUGGCCGACAAGAUGCCCACGCACGGGACACGCCUCAUCACAGCGCGCAGACAGCGGGAUCUCGACGCGUACGGCGAAGAAGUGAUCAAGUUCCUGAGCUUCGUGAUGCAGAUCACCGAGAUCGGCUUCAACGGGCUCGUGGCGCUCAAGGAGCCCGUGUCGAGCAAUGUUCGGAUACGGGACUUUCUGGGCCUCGCGCUUGGCUUUGGAGAGCAGACGAUCGUCGCGACCAGCUCGUGUGACGCCCGAAUCGAGGGCCAAGAUGGCGGCAAUCGCCCCGUUCUGCCCAGUGCCUGGCUCGACAUCGACGUGAGCAUGUCCUCGGAUGCCAGCUUCUACGGGAAAUGGUACAGCACGAAGAAGUCUCCGCGGGACGAAGCGCUCGCGCGCAUGUUCGGUCGCGCCUACGACAACGGCAACACUUGUGGCGACUUUGGUCCCUUGAUGAGGACGAACAGCAUGCAUCGGUCGGGUGCUGGCAAGUGUGUGCGUUUCGUGGACCCCUGCUAUUGGUUUGACGAAACACCGAAUGACGGAGCGUUCACAGUCGAGAUUUCCAGCGUCACCGUCAUGGACGGCGUCGCCAAGUAUGCUAUCAGCGUGCUGUUCUACGCGAACGGCGAGCUGCAAGUGUCCACUGUCGACCGCCGCUACUCCGAGUUCGACCAGCUGGCCGUGACACUGGAGGAGAAGCUGCGUAUCUGCAGCUCUUCCUCGAGCGCGCGCUCCGGCUGA